AUGACAUCAAGAAUACCAAAUACAAUUUGUUUGUUUGACGUUGAUGGAACACUUACAAAGCCAAGGAAUGUUGUUACAGCAGAGAUGAAGCAAUACCUUGCUACACUGAUAACAAGAGUACAACUUGGUGUUGUUGGUGGAAGUGAUCUUGUCAAGAUUCAAGAGCAACUUGGCAAUGACUGUGUAUCAAAGUUUGAUUACCUCUUUGCAGAGAAUGGUCUGAAUGCAUUCAAGGCUGGUGCACCACUUGCUCAACAGAGCUUUAAGAACUUCUUGGGUGAGGAGAACUUAAAGAAGUUCCUCAACUUUGUACUUCACUACAUUGCCGAUCUUGAUAUUCCAAUCAAGAGAGGAACAUUUGUCGAGUUCCGCAAUGGAAUGCUCAACGUAUCACCAAUCGGAAGGAACUGUUCACAGAGCGAACGCGAGGAAUUCGAAAAGUACGACAAGCAGCACAACAUUAGAUCGACAUUUGUCAAUGUGCUCAAGCAGAAGUUUGCCGACCUUGGUCUACAAUACUCUAUUGGUGGUCAGAUCAGCUUUGACGUGUUCCCCAUCGGUUGGGACAAGACCUACUGUCUGCAGCAUCUGCCCGCCGACCAGUACACCACCAUCUACUUCUUUGGCGACAAGACAAUGGUUGGUGGCAAUGACUAUGAGAUCAGCACACAUCCAAGAAUCACAAAGUCAUUCACAGUCACCUCGCCAGAGGACACUGAGAGGUUCCUCAAGGAGUUGUUCCCAUAA